CAUUUUUAAAGUUAUUACUUGAAGGAGAAAAAAACAAAGUAAGAGCAAAAAAUAUGAACAUCAAGAUAAACAUUUAAUUCCCCCUGUUUGGAGGUGACUUAUCAACAUCAUAGCAAUAGGGGUGGGUCAUGACCAGUUGCCAUGCGUGUUGUCAUGGUGACCAGCCCCUGUACCCCUUCCCCCCCCCCCUGGUUGGUCCAGCUUUUGUUGUGGUUUCACAACCAUGGACCUCAGCUGACAGAGGCAGCACCCCCUUGCCCCACCCCCUGUACCUGCUCCAAUCAGGCAAGCCGCGUCAUCUGUACAAGGAAGAGUUUAGAUCAAGUCCCAGACAGUAUUUCAGAGAACACAAGAUACCUCAAUCUACAAGAGAACACAAUUCAGGUGAUCAAGUCUGACACAUUUAAGCACCUGCGGCAUCUGGAAAUCCUCCAGCUCUCCAAGAAUCACAUCCGGCAAAUCGAGGUGGGAGCUUUCAAUGGCCUUCCCAACCUCAAUACGCUGGAGCUUUUUGACAACCGCCUCACGGUGGUACCGUCACAAGCCUUUGAGUACCUCAGCAAGCUAAGGGAACUAUGGCUACGAAACAACCCCAUCGAGACACUGCCGGCGUUUGCCUUUCACCGUGUUCCCUCUUUGCGCCGUCUCGAUCUGGGGGAACUCAGGAAGCUGGAUUUCAUCUCAGAAGCUGCCUUCGAAGGUCUGGUCAACUUACGCUUCUUGAAUCUCGGCAUGUGCGGCUUGAAGGACAUCCCUAACCUUACCCCGCUAGUGCGACUAGAGGAGUUGGAGCUGUCAGGAAAUCAGCUGGGGAUAGUCAGGCCUGGAUCCUUCCAGGGCCUGGUGUCACUUCGCAAGCUGUGGCUAAUGCACUCCAGAGUGUCGGUCAUUGAGCGCAAUGCUUUUGAUGACCUCAAGAACUUGGAGGAGCUCAAUCUCUCCCACAAUUCACUGCAUUCCCUGCCCCAUGACCUCUUCACCCCUUUGCACCAAUUGGAGAGAGUACAUCUCAACCACAACCCUUGGGUGUGCAACUGUGAUGUUCUGUGGCUCAGCUGGUGGCUAAAAGAAACAGUUCCCAGCAACACCACAUGUUGUGCUCGAUGCCAUGCGCCUCCAGGUUUGAAAGGCAAAUACAUUGGGGAACUAGACCAGAGCCACUUUACCUGCUAUGCCCCAGUGAUCGUUGAGCCACCCACUGACCUCAAUGUCACUGAGGGCAUGGCUGCUGAGCUGAAAUGUCGUACUGGAACCUCGAUGACCUCUGUGAAUUGGUUCACUCCGAAUGGCACUCUGAUGACCCACGGAUCAUACCGAGUUAGGAUCUCAGUACUUCAUGACGGAACGCUGAACUUCACAAACGUUACCGUGCAGGACACCGGGCAGUACACUUGCAUGGUAACCAACUCUGCUGGAAACACCACUGCGACCGCCGUGCUUAACGUGUCUGCUUCAGACCCCAGCAACAGCUACAGCUAUUUCACCACUGUCACUGUGGAAACAGUAGAGACAGUGAGAGGAGAUGAGGAGAACUCUGCAAGACAGUAUAUUAACGAGACUUUCAUAGAUUUCCCUAAUCCUACUGUUCAAAGAGGGGUCUUAGAGGGCCGACCUGGCAUAACUAUAUCACCCUCUCUCUCCUCUCUUUCUUCACUGUCCCCACGAGCCAACAGAGCUAAUGAAAAUGCAGUGACUGUGUCCAUAAUGGAUGUAACUAACAUUCCAGGUCUGGAUGAUGUAAUGAAAACAACUAAGAUCAUCAUUGGUUGCUUCGUGGCCAUUACCUUUAUGGCGGCUGUUAUGUUGGUGGUCUUCUAUAAACUCCGGAAGCAACACCAGCUGCACAAGCACCACGGUCCUGCCAGAGCCAUUGAGAUUGUCAAUGUAGAAGAUGAGAUCGGAGCCGGGGCCGGGAGCGGCAUCUCAGGUGGUUCAACGAUAAACUCUGGCAGUGGAGAGGGAACCCUUCGGAUACAUCAUCCAGAAAUAGUCAACCUUCCCAACAUUGGCCGUACGGAUACCCUCAACCAUUACUACAAGACCCAUCAUUUCAACAACAAUGUGAUGGGUCUCAGUAUUGGCUCGGAAGGGAUGGGACCGGGAGGGAUGCUCAAUAGCAAGAACCAGCAAGUCCAGGAUAUCCCCAUCUCCUGUACCUCAGUCCCCAUCUCUACAUCUAAUUUGCUCACCUCAUCAGGCAAUGGCACCAACAUCAACCCCUGUUCUAUGUCCCCACCGCUGCCGAUGUCUCUCCCCAUGCCUACCAUGGGCUUACAUGGAUCGAUCAAGGGUUUCAUGGGCCAAAACCAGAAUCCCCAAAUGGAGCCUCUUCUCUUCAAGGGGAGCUCGAAGGAAAACGUCCAAGAGACUCAGAUCUAAAAACAAAAAGCGAGAGUAUAGAGAGAGAGAGUGAGCAAGACUCGGAGACAGAGAGGGGAUUGAUGUUGGGUUUAUGCGCGGAAUGAUUAGACACUAGAGUGCAUUGACAUUACACCAGGAGAGAGGAUAGACUGACACGGCAAUACACAAACACAUAGACUUAUCCGUGACAGUGUACUGAGCCAAGGAUUACCACAAUGGGCCACUUGUGUUUGUAGUAACGAUCAUGGCCAUGGAGAUCAAGGAAUGGACAUUGCUACAAUGUAAAUCUGUGCCAAAGCAAAUGUUUUUUGCAGUUUCUACAAGCUGUGUUCUCAUAGGGAAAAACUAGCCUUUCAGAGUAAUCAGUCCCCAAAUCGUUGUUGGCCAGCAGAGAUGAAAGACAUACACAGCACUUACCACACUGAAGAUCGGAGAUAUUACAGAACAAAAAUCCAAGAGACAUUUUUCUUCCACACAAAAACACAAGCCACACUCUCUCUCAAGUGACUCAAUAGACUCCCUCAAGGUGACAAUUAUGUAGGCAUAAAUAGAUGGACAAAAAGGUACAGUGCAGUACAAACUACUGUGAAAAAUCCACAAAUUAUAUAAAUAUAUUUUCAUUUAAAUAUGUAUCAUUGCAGACUCCGAUGCAGAGAUAUUUUGGGGUGGAUGUAUAAGCUGGUAUAGUUUGUUUCUUUGUGAAUAAUCAGGGGCGGUGAUGGUGGAGGUUGGUUAUGAUACAUGUUUUAAGUUUGGCUACUUCUCAGAAACAUAAGGGCUCAAUUGCAACACUCAUUGUGAAUCUUUGAAUUGGCUUUGUGACAUGAAGUCCAUUUAGGUUGUAGAACAGUAAACGCAGAUCUCUGUUUGACAAACUUUUUUCUGUUGCUUCAGUAAUAAUCAUGACAAACUUUUGUGUUCUGAGAGUGUAUUAUGUAUUUUGUAAAAGCCAGCUACUUGGUAUUUGAAUUGACAAUUCUGAUACUUAAAUGCCAGCAUCAAAUAAUGGUUAAAACGAUGUUCCACAAAUGCGGAAAGGUGAUCCAAUGCAAAGACCUGUAUGGGUAAAAUAAAGUGUUGACAAUGUGUUAUUUGAAUCAGAUCAGUAGCCAGAUAUUUGCUUUUAGACAGGAAUUUGAUAUGACCUCCUUGCUCAUGGUUACCAUAAUCAUGCCAUAAAAAUGCUGUCACAAGGAUGAUUAGACAUCUAUCUGCAGCAGCAUUCAAGAAGGGAUUAAACAUCCAUCUUAGGAUGAU